ACGCGCAAUUGGUUGCAGACGCUUACUUCCUGUUUACAGCAUGGAUUUCUCUAAGGUUUCGCAGGCUGUUCAGUACAAAGCUGUAUCCUGGUUUUUGGAAAGUGGAUUUAUUGCUAAUUGUUCAAGUAUGUGGCAUCCGAAAACAGGAGAUACAGCUAUCCAUUUAGCAUGUCGUUUUGGCCGUGCUGACUUGCUAGCAGAGUUUUCGUGCGCUGGUUUAGAUCUGCAGAUUUCCAAUUUUGAAGGAAAGAAACCCUUGCACGAAGCUGCGCAGUUUGAUCAAAGCGAGUGUGUUAAAUUCCUUCUAACAAAAGGCUGCGAAGUGGAUUGCAUCAAGAGAGGUGACUGGACCCCACUCAUGCUGGCCUGCACCAGGCCACAGCUGGAUGUCGUAAAGCUUCUUGUUUACCAUGGAGCAAACCCUGCUUUUGUCAACAAAGAUGGUUGGAACUCAUUUCAUAUUGCCACAAGGGAAGGUCAUGUAUACAUUAUGCAGUACCUUUUGUCUGUAAAUCCAACCCUUUGGGACACCUUUAGCCACAAUGGGCGCACCCCAUUGCAUACUGCAGCUUUACAUGGAAGACUUGAAGCAGUGCAGUUUUUGUUAAAUAACUGCAGCUAUCCACCUGAUGCAACAGAUAGUUGUGGUUCCACUCCUCUUAUGGAUGCACUGAGGGCAGGCUUUGUAGAUGUUGCUCAUUUACUCAUCCAACACCAUAAGGCAGAUGUGACAAAAAGAGACAAUCUAGGAAUGCAGCCAAUUCAUCAUGCAGCACAGGCAGGGCAGACAGCUGCUGUAAUGUUCCUGAUAACUCAAUAUACUAUUCCUGUCAAUGCAGUGACACACACAACUCUCAUCACACCACUUCAGGUGGCAGCAAAGGAAGGGCACAAUGAUGUCUUGAAAUCGCUGUUGUUGCAUGGAGCAGAUAUAAGUUUGACUGAUCACAAAGGAAGAACAGCACUGCACAUAGCAAGUGGAGCACAGCAUGCAUCAAGUGUGGCACUUUUGCUGGCAAAUGGUGCACAAGACUGUUCUGACUUGAGUGGUCAUUGGGCAAAAGACUUGGCCUACAGGGAAGGAGUGAAACAAGCAUUCUUAAAUCAUGGAGCUUGAUGCAAAACAGCAGCCAAGAAUCAGAAAGUUGAUAAUAAAUAUUCAUAUUUUAAGUGUUUACCAGGAUUUGUUCUAUAUCCUUAUUACUAUUAUACAAAUUAUAAAUAUAAAAUGCCUUUUGGUGAUGAUUUUUAUUCAUGACACGAAUACGAUGAACCAGAUUUUACAAAUCCUGAAACAGUCAUGCUUUUUGUUAGAGUCUUCUCAACACCCAGAUUUCAGUUUUUAUGAAAGCUGUAUCCUAAAAUGCUACUUUGUAAGAUUUUCUGUACAGCCUUAUAGAAGUAGUAUAUCACAUGCAUGCACACGCACAGAGGGAAAGGUAAUAUGUACAGGCUUGGCGGUGGGGGGGAUAGGUACUGGCUGGGUGACAGCCCCUUGACUGAAGGAGAGCAGGAGGGGUCGACAGGAUGGAGGUGCGGGGAUGUUUUGGGGGAGAAGUCGGGUGAAGAGGGCAGAAGGACAGAACAUGUGGGGACAGCGCAGAGGUGAGAGCUACGAUUGUUCGAGAGCGCGAGUGUGUGGUGUGGAUGUUUCGCCUACAGAACUAUCGACUGGUGUUAAAGGACUUGGAACCCA